AUGGCGCUUCAGUUGGCGGAUGGCCUGCCGGGUUGUGCCAUACCGUGUCUGUCGCAGGUUAUCAACAUCACCACGUGUGCCGCCGCGAACUUGACGGCAUCGUUCAUCAAGAACAUGUCAAUGACCGCGUGCGGGUAUCCAAGUCACCACCAAACAGGAUCAGCACUCGAAAUAACUCCGCUGGUGGUAGUCACGGCCAUCUUCUUCCUGGCUCGGCUGCUUUCCAAGUUUCUGAGGCUAUCGACCUGGGGGCUCGACGAUUUCACGCUAAUCUUGGGAUAUGCCUGUACCACCUCUUUCGCCAUCUCCAAGUUCAUAGGCAUCGGUCGUGACAUCUGGACUCUCACUUACGACGAGAUUACUCGGUUCAUGCAGGUAUUCUUCGCCUACGAAAUAAUCUACACCCUCAGCAUCUCCGCCCUAAAGGCCUCUAUCCUCUUCUUCUAUACCCGCGUCUUCAGCAUUGUCAGCUGCACCUUCAACCGCGUCCUGUGGUGCACCCAAGCCUUCAACCUGCUCUUCUGCCUCGCCUUCACCGUUGCCAACCUAAACCAGUGCCAGCCCUUGAAGAACUCCUGGGAAGGCUGGGACGGCCGACACCCGGGCUAUUGUGUCAACAUCUAUGCCAUGAUCAUGACGCAUGCCGUCAUCAACAUUGUGCUCGAUGUGUGGUUGAUGGGCCUACCCAUCACGCAGGUGGUGUGGCUCAAUAUGAGGAAGAGGCAAAAGAUUGAGAUUGUGGUUAUGUUUGGGCUGGGUAUUUUCAUCACCGUUGUCAGCGCUAUUCGCCUAAGCGUCUUGCUCAAUCUCAGAGGAUUCCAAGAUCCUACCUAUGACGCCUUCUUUCUCCACAAGUGGUCCUACAUUGAGCUCUCCGUCAGCGUCAUUGUCGCGUGCCUCCCCGCCACCCGCCAGGUUUGGCGACAUGUUGUUCCCAAAUUCCUACGGCUGGUCGGGCUCGGGACCCCGUUACACCACGGCCAUGAAAGGCCGGGCGAUUCCAAGAGGAAGCUCAGAGACAUUUUGUUUUUGAGCACGAACAAGGAGCAGUCGGCGGGACCGUCCAGUCCGAAUGGGUCAUCGUCGUACCCACCAGUGUAG